AUGACGAAGCAGAGUAUUUAUCCAGCAGUUGUUCUCUUUGCAUCCUUUGCAACAAUGCUCUGUGGACCAAGCAUCGUGUAUGCAAGCGGAGUAAUCCACGUAGCGUUGCUCGAAGGAUUCCAGGAGGAUGUAACGGUGACAGCAUGGGUUGGAUCUCUCUUUUCUUGCAUGUUUGCUCUCACAGGUCUUGGCACAGGCUUGGCACAAACCGGAAGUUUCGUCAUCAUUGGUUAUUACUUCCCUGUAAAAACAGGUCUGGUUACGGGAAUAUCUAUCUCAGGAAUUGGACUUGGGAUAUUCAUACAUCCCCCACUCUUGCAGUAUUUGACUGAAACAUUUGGAGUCCACGGAGCCUUCCUUAUCACCGGAGGAAUAACACUUCAUGUAUGCAUUGCCGGAAUGCUUAUGCGUCCAUCUGACAUAGAGCGCAAGAGAAAGCAACGUGUCAGAAAUGAACAACCCGCAAAAAGAAAUAUGACAUCAAUAUGUCGGGAUGUAACGAGUGUCUACCAUGUUUUAAGUAAUAUUUCAUUUGUAUUCUUUUUAUGCAGUCUUUUGUGCUUUUCAAUUGCUAUAGCAACAGAAUAUCUCUUUCUUCCGGAUUUCUUCAUAAAACAUGGAUCAACAUUCCAGGAGAGCGCCUUUGUUAUAUCAACCUCAGGCCUGGGAAGUAUUGUCUCUCGGAUUCUAAUUGGUUUUGCUCUGAGCGACGAGAAGAUUGCAAGUGCCACAAUGUAUUCCUCUGUGAAUGGUAUAAUAGCAAUUUUUACUUUUAUGUUGCCACUGUUCAACACAUCC